GGAAUUGGUAUAUUCGACUUCAAAGUUGGUUAUCAAUACAUAUACAGGUGGGAAGUUGUACACGGAUUCAGCGAAACGCAUUCGUCAGACAAUGAGACUAGUGAGAACAAUAAGGAUAGUAAUCAUUCUCGCAUGAUAAAAGGAUUUGCAAAGAUUGUCAGUGGACCGGAGUGCGACAUGAGAUUAAAGAUGUAUUCAGUAGAAGAAUUUUCCCCAACUGAAGGAUCAUCUGAGUAUGAAAAGCACUCCGUAAAAUUUUGCCUCGAAAAUGGCAGACUUAAGUCCAUCGAGUAUUCACAAGAUGAAAAAAAUCAUUCUAUCAAUCUGAAAAAUCUCUACUAUUCCAAUUACAAAUGUCUACCGAAACUUAUGGGCUGCCUCUUCGAACUAUUGAGACAGAUUAUUUGGGGACAUGUUUAA